AAGAAAUGGUGGGAAAAUAUGUCAAAACUCGAUGAGACAAACAUUUCAGAUGUGAUUUCUUAUUUGCCCUAUAAGGAUGAUAUCCAACGCGAAAUUGACUUCGCAAAGCGCACCCAUCUAACACUAGGACCUGAUAUAAAGCGGGCAUUAACACAUUUUACAGAAUAUCCCCAUUACGAAAAAAGGUUCCUUGCAAUUAAAGGUGUAUUAAAUGCGUUUGAGUUAGAUUCGGUGACCGAUGUAAAAUUUCAUCGUGCAAUUUGUGCAUUUGAUAAGUUGUGUAAAAAAGAUGAAGGACUGUUGUUGAAAGAUGUUGAUGAAGCUGUUCAAAUUUUGAGAGAAGCAACGCAUGAAAUAGACGAUGAUCUUAUUCUCAUCAUAGAGGAACUUGUACGUUCGUCCUCAUUAGUAGAAUUUUUACGAGAAGUCGUAAAUGAGGAUCUCCGUAAUCUUAUCGAUGCCGUAGAGGAGCAUUCUGAGCAAUUUGUUUGUGAAUCAACUGUUUCCGAUUUGAUUGAUAUAAAUCAGUUUUUACUUCCAGUACUGAAAAUUAAUUUUGACAAGAACGUUAAAUCGUUUAUUGACAAAUUUACAAGGAGUUAUGCAAAUUGCCGGAUAAAGCAGAUUCCUGCUAAGAUCCGAAUGUGCAUGGAUAAUGUCCAUAGCUUGAGGUCUUUAUACUAUAAUGUCGCAAACAAAGAGGAAAAUACUAAAGAGGUCAUCAAAAUGAUAAAUACCGCUGGUGUAUUUCGAAUCUAUGUGCACAAAAGGCCAUGUGAGUUGAGAGUUGAAUGCAAACAGGAUAAAAAGGCAUAUGAAUACAGUCGCCCCCGUCUUAGUGACCUGAGAAGCCGUGCGUUACUAAUCAUGAGCACAGAAGAAAAGCGACAUUCUGGGCGAAAGGAUACUCAACGGUCAAAACUGACUGAACAUUUAUCAAAUUUUUCGUCACUAGUCGAUAUUUUGUUUGCAAUAGUAGACAAGAUUGAUUCUCUGAAGGCCCUUGGACAUUUUUCUUGGUUUAGUUGUGUUAUGCAGUUGGUCAAACCAAAGGAAGCUAAAUACAUUCUAGAUAGCCUGACAAAAGAUCUGUCUUACUGGGGAUCUAUACUGAAACAUUGCAGAGGGCAGUUUUACUUUAUGAAUUAUAUAUCAUCUGAACACCUGCCUCUAGUUCUGUCGUUCCUGGAACAAGGAGAUAAUGAAAACACAGUGUUCAAUAUACUUAAGUUCAUAAACCCAGGCGUAAAUCCGUCUCAUCUAGUCGAUCUCCGUAAAACUUACAAUGCAAUGACCAUGGGAGACAUCAUAGAAGAAAAACUCCAUAAAAUAGGUCAUUGUAUCCAGAUUGUUUUUCAAAUGUUAUCCCCGAUGAGAAGGACCUUUGCUGAAAAAGAACGCAGUCAUGUGAAAUUAAAAGAUACUGUAUUAGAAGGUAAACUUCACAUUUCUGUUUUAGAACAAGGAAGCCGAUCAGUUCUUCAUACUGUUCUAGCGCUAUAUCAAAAUACAACAGGACUCUUACCGGAAGCUAACCAGCUAUUAUUUUGCAACAAGAAAACGACACAAGAUGAAUUGUAUUUGCUAAUCAACCGAUGUUUAGUUCUAAGAAAAGGUCCGUUACAAAGAAGGUUAUUUUGCAUCGUAAAUGCUGAACAGCUUUCAUACGAGCUGCAAUUCAAACUUACCAGUCUACUUCAAAGCCUUGCCAGAGAAGAAAAAAUUCUCUUAGCAGUCGUUUGCACAGGUAGAGAUCAGUGUUCUUUUCUUGAAAGGUUCCAUGACAAUAUAAUUGGCAUAAGACCAUUAACUGAAUUACAGUUGAGGACAUGCUUUGAAUCAAAAUGGCCAGAUGUCACCACUGUUACGUCUGAUAUACCCGGGCAAGGAAAAACAGAAACUGUACAUGACAUUGCAUCAAAGCAUGAAAAAAGCGUGAGAACUCUUCAUUUGAGUGGUUUGUUUGACAAAAGCAAAAUUGUACAGCAACUUCUAGAUCUUGAAUUGAGACAACAUCAUUUGUUACACAUUGAUAUUGGUAUGAUUAAUGAUCCGAUGGCAUUAGAUUUGUUACUUUUUCAAUUGAUUGUGACAGGGUUUGUCACUGAGGGAACCAGUGCCUAUGCUAUCCCAACUUCAUUCAUUUGCAUAGAAGUGGCCAACUCAAUCAACAAUACUCUGAUAGACAGUUUGUCUACGGCAAUUCAUUUUAAGCGCAAAGAUUUACAGUGGAAAGAAUAUGAAAAUAUGAAAAUUUCGUCAGAUGUGAACAGUCCUCUACAGGUAGUGUGUCAAUACUUUGAUCAUUUGGAAGCAUCCAGGAUAGACAGCACAGAUAUAUAUUUCCAUGGAAUUAGCAAGGUAUCUCCUCUCAGCAGCAAGCGAUGCAUCCAUUUACUUCAGAAAUAUUUCUCAUCUGCAAGUGACAUGUCUUUCACACUAGUAGGAAUUUUUAUAAACGUUCUUGCUGAUCAACUGAAAAAGAUGUCUGCAAGUAUAUUUUUCAGACAAUCAAGCAUUAAUUCAAUUUUUGGAGAUAUUGGUGAUCACAACUUAAAGUCAAAUCUUGUCAAAGUCAUGAUCGAGGUUUCAAAGGAAUUCGCAACGAGAUCAAUAGGUACUUGUCGCUCCUCUCAGUCUGCAGUCGUCUUAAACACUCGAAAUGAAAACAAUAAUGGCGAAAAAUCAAGCACUGCAACGAACCUUGCGGAGAGAGUUCAGGGGAUGAUCCAAUGGGAGGAAAGUAAUCACCUUGUCGUGAUAUUCCACCAUGAUAUGCAAACUGUGUCCGCUUUGUUCAGAAAACUACAUCACGUUCCAACAAAUGUUAAAACGCUUUUUCAGAGUCAGAUGAAAAAAGAUCUCGAUAAUCUAGAGAAGGCAUCAGUUGAAGAUCUUCAGCGUAUCAUUGUAAGAUUCGCGUGUAAAAGUGUUCCCCAAAAUGAAAUGCUGUCAAAUCUGGCGCUGUCUUACGCAUUGACACCUGAUAAUCUCCUGAAAAUGAUUUUAGUUGUUAUGAGACUACAAUCAAAAGUUCCAGUUGUUAUCAUGGGUGAAACUGGAUGUGGAAAAACGUCUCUUGUCAAAUAUCUGUCUACUAUUUCCGGAAUCAAAUUAGACGUUUUGAGUAUUCAUGCGGGAACAACAGAAGAUGAAAUUAUAACAACAAUUGAUUCCAUUCAACACCAAGCAAAUGAUAACUUAGCCAUUCGAAGAUGGCUGUUCCUGGAUGAAAUAAACACAUGUGACCACCUAGGUGUUAUUACAGAUUUGUUGUGUCACCAUCGUUACCACGGGAAACCGCUGUUGCCAAAUAUAUCUGUAAUCGCAGCAUGUAAUCCAUACCGCUUAAGACCUAAGGAUGCAGUUUACACAGAAGGACUGCAGGGGAAAAUAAGGGAAGAUGAACUAUCCAGAUUAGUGUAUAGAGUACACCCCCUUCCAGAAUCACUUAUUGAUUUUGUUUGGGAUUAUGGUAGAUUAAGCGAUAGUGAUGAACAGAGGUAUAUAAAAACAAUAGCCGGUAAUGUACUGAAAUCACCAUCCUUAUCAGCCACACUUCCUGAAUUACUGGUAAUGUCCCAGAUGUUUACAAGAGACCUGGAGCAUACAGACUAUUCGGUAAGUCUUCGUGAUGUCGACCGGACAAUACGACUUGUGAAAUGGUUCAAAGAUAUGUUAUCAACGAAGUCUGACGUACACGUUGGGGAGGAGUCACUAGAAAUGAAUGCAGUUAUUUUAGCGAUGGCCAUGUCAUAUCAAAGCAGAAUUUGCAAUACAGCUAGACGGAAAGACUACGUACGCAAAAUGGCGUCGGUUAUUUGUAAGUAUUACACGCCCAUGAGUGAAACUCGUGUCACACAAAUAAUAAUAACCGAACAAAAUGAUAUUCUAGACAGAAUGGAGAUACCAGAAGGUAUAGCUCGCAAUAUAGCUCUACGGGAAAACGUGUUUGUUACAUUUGUUAGCAUUUUAAAUAAAAUCCCGGUAUUCAUCGUUGGAAAACCUGGUUGCAGCAAAUCGCUGUCAAUACAACUAAUCCGUAGUAACCUGCGCGGAAAGGAUUCAAAAGAUGACUUCUUCAAGAAACUCCCGCAACUGUUCUGUGUAUCGUUUCAGGGAUCUGAAUCAUCCACAUCUGAUGGAAUUGUAAAGGUAUUUGAAAAAGCAAAACGCUAUCAGGAUCGUAACACAUCCGGCAACGUUUUGUCAGUCGUUAUCUUGGAUGAGAUCGGUCUUGCAGAAAUAUCAAGAUUUAAUCCAUUAAAAGUACUUCAUGGUCUACUAGAACCUAAUGGAAAAAAGAAUCCAGAUGUUGCUGUAGUGGGAAUAUCAAAUUGGGCUCUUGAUGCAGCUAAGAUGAACCGCGCUAUACAUCUCUCAAGGCCUGAAAUGGAUGCCGAGGAACUGUAUGAAACCGCCAAAUCAAUUAGCGAGUCUUUGACCACAGAACCCCGAUACUCAUCAACUCUCUGGAGCUUCGACGAAUCACGUUUUCUUAGAGACGAUGUUUUACUCACUCUGAAAGCUUUAGCAUGCGCUUUCAACGAGUACAACUGUGAAUCAGAGAUUCAAAAACUUUCAUGGCUUGAGGGAUUAUUAUUCUCUUAUAAAAUACAUCAGUAUAUGAUAAGUACAUUUCAGAAGCAUCUAAAUGCAAUUGCCAUGAGCCUAACUCCUGUUCUGGAACUUAUAAAGGCUAACGUACAUGAUGCGUCUUGUCGCCAUCUAAUGCUUAUAACACAUGGAGAUGCCGUUGUCGGCAAGGUAGGCCAGCUACUGAAAGAAUGUGGGAAAGAAUAUGUAAUUAUAUUCGGAAGUCAGUUUGAAGACGACUUGACAGACGAUUAUAACUAUCGUAUCUUGAGCAGAAUCAUCCUGUGUAUGGAACAAGGAAUAGUGUUGAUAUUGAAAGAUCUUGAGAAUAUCUAUGGCAGUUUGUAUGAUAUGCUGAAUCAGAACUACACCGUUGUAGGAAAAAAGAAGAAUUGUAGGGUAGCACUGGGCCCGUACAGUAACCCUAUGUGUCAUGUAAAUGAUGAUUUUAAGUGCAUUGUUCUAGUGGAAGAGUCGAAUUUGGACAUUUCAGAUCCACCAUUUCUAAACAGGUUUGAAAAGCAACAAUUUCGAUUUGUUGACAUGAUUUCGACCGACGACAAAAAGGCUGUAUCAGAAUUACAGACUAUAUUACAUGCUUUUGUUGAACUUCCUGACAGGCUCUUUACUGUUUCAAGAGCCUUGCCGAUUCAUGAUACAGAUGUGCUAUUUUCACUUCUUCUCAAUAUUAAGCAAACAACGAAUGCACCUAAGAUUGGUGAUGUCAUCAGAAUAUGUUUGCGUCGUAUUCUUCCACUAGUUUUCCCAGAAGCAAUCCUUAGAGCUACCCGAUCGACGUUAUCGCGUGAGGAACCAACAACAGUACAAAUAUUGGUAGAAGAGUACAUCCGGCUUCCUUUACAUGAAGGUCUUGAGUCGUUCUUAAUCAACCAACAAAUACUCUACAACAUGCCUCACUCGGAAUGCAUGCAAACAAAUCAAAAUGAAGACAUGUUUGUCAUAUUUACCCAUAGUAGUAUGCAUAUUAACAUCAACAACCUUCUGAAAUGUCAUACAUUGAGCGUUGAGAAAAUCGGAGCGUUUAAGUCGGAAAGGGACUUAGCAAAAGCGAUAGAAAACUUCUUUGAAGGUGAAUCUGAAUAUCUUUUUCUCCAGUUCGAUUCUAGAUAUGACAUGCAGCAUUUCCUUCUCACAAAAACUACUGUUGAACAAAAAGCAAAGGAAAAUGUGAGAAAUUCCUCAGAACAACAACCUCACAAGUAUGUAUAUUUAAUUGUUCAUCUCGGUAUUAGCGAAAACGGGGACUCAUCUACCUCACAAAUGCAUUUCAUGUCCGGGUGGAAUAUUGUUACGCUGGACACUCUUGAAAAAAAAAAAUGUUUUUUGGACCUCCAUGGACGAUCUCUUACAGAGAUAAUCUCGGAUAUGCGUCCAUUACAUUCUGUUAUCAAAGAACAAUUACUAUGGGCAUUUACGCGCAUACAAUAUAGUCAUGAAGAUCGCCAUAUAGACGAAUUAGAGCAUGCAUUAGGGCAGCUACAAUCGUCUUCUCUUCUGUUGAAAAUGAUCGACGAUUUCGUAAUUUCCAAAGUCGGAAAUCUAAUAGAGGAUGACAUUGAUUGGGAAUUCAAUAUCGCAUGCGAUGAACACGCAUUGAACAGUGCGGGUACAUAUAUUGGAGCUAUUGAAAGCCAUAUCCUAGACAUUAUCAGAAAACCAGUAGCUGUGUUUGUGUUUAAGAUGGAGGAAGAAGGGUGCCUAGAGUCUUUAUUUAUUGAAGAUGCCCAAAGCAGUGAUAGGCGAAAAACGUGGGAGAGUCUUGCUAGUAAGAGAGAAUUUUGCAAUUUCGAAAACAUCCCAUUGCCAUCAGGUCCGGAGUGUUAUAGCUGUACAACACCUGCAAUGGUGCGUAAUGCACCAUUCAGUUACCGCAUAAUAAUGCAAAUAGAAGAUUUAAAGGAUGACUUUCUACACACUCUUAGAAAAGUUAAGGCUCAGAGCAAAGAGUAUGAAGACGACGAUGAAUAUCCCAUCGAACUCGUCCACGCUGUUUUGGAUGGAUACAGGGAUAUUAUUACCUCAAACACACAGUUAGAUGAAUUAUAUCAGGCUGGAUAUCAAGGAAUGGUCCAUGAUUAUUUCCAUGAUUUUUGCAAUCAUAUGACUUUAUCAUUUUCAUCAAAUGACAAAAGAGCAGCGGAUUCGUUACAAUGGGCAAUUAAUAGCCUAAUAUCAUGGGAAAAAGAGUCAUUUGUAGAUUCAGUCAUCUUGUUGCAUGCAAUAUACUGGACGUACAUGGAUAGGUUAGACUGCAUUGUGAAAAUCCUUGCUCUAGGUUGUACCAUUGGAUCUGAAGAUAUGCACCUGCAGGAUAUCACUUCAGAACUCGUUUCGAGCAAAACCAAAUUGGAUACUUUGGAAGAGGAAUGUCCUGCGCUUAAUAUGACCGAACAAGACUAUCAAGAAGAUGAUGAACUAAAGGAUGCGUACGGAAUAGAAACUUCAACGGAAAUAAGUGACGAUUCAACAUCUGAAUUCGUAUCUGAAUUGGACAUGAUAGAUAAACUGGUUUUUCUUCUUGGCAAUAUGCUGAUACCUACAAAAAACAAUAUAGAUACAAUAGGUUUCGAGAAGUGGCAGCACAGCGUAAGUCGUGCAUUGCCUUUGAUAGGUCAAGUAUCUGCUGAUCUAUCUAUAAACCACAAGCUUCGCUUCUGCUCAGAUCUCACCUCACUUAUGAUAGUUCCGUACAACCUCAAUGUAAGUCUACUGACAGACAUUGGAGACCGCCUGGACCAUUCUGAACUAAACGACAAAGACAUAUUUUCUUGCGUAAUGAACUUUCUUCAGGAAUUAAGAAAUCAUAAGAGUAACAUUCCAUCUGUGAAGUUAAAGAAGAUUAUAUCACUGUAUCUCUACAGAUGUAUCCAAACGCAAUCAGAAAGCGACGAUAUAUUCAUCUUGUUUUUAGAAUGGGUCGAGCACGAAAAUGCCACUACUAGUCUCCUUCUGCCAGAUUUCCAUUUCAUAGGAUCUAUACUCCAGCUUGCGAUAGCGUCACAGCAAGCAGACGAUGAAGAUCCGUUUUUAUCCUUACUUGAUGGAUAUGAUCGAUGGAAAAACAAUGAACUAUGCACAGUCCUUGAUCAUUGUCUUGGUACAAUUUCUCACAAAGGGAUGCUGUUUGAAGGGCUAAGUAUUCUCUUGGUGCAAAUUAUUCAAAAAUUAGUUUUCCAGGAAGAUGAAGUGGAAAGACCUUGUAGCCAUGCAUGUGCGGAGACAUUAGAACGGGCCUUGAUGAUGGUGUCAACUGAUAGUGAAGACAAGGUUCCCUUGGUAGAAAUAGCUAAUGCUGCUUUAAUUCGCCAAACACUUGAUCUUUCUGCAGAUAUGGUGUGUUUGAAUGACUUUAGCAUAGAUGAUAAUCAGUCAUUGCUGCAGAACUUAAAUGCUUUAUUAGAACCAUCGAAUGCUUGUGAGGAUUACAUGCAACAUGGACCUUUGCUUUAUUUCCUGAGAAGAUUGAAACAAAACUAUGGACUUCGCAAAACCCAAAAUCUUUGUGAUCGCUUAUCACUAACAAUGUCAACAAUUAAACAAAUUGAAUGGACAAAAGAUCUUUCAACUGUUUGUUUAGAAUUUAAUCCAUUGGAAUUCUAUUGUUCAGAAGAAUCAGCAAAAAAAGUCGAUGAUGCAUGUGGUAAAUGGGUCGACUCCAAAGAACAGUUAAAAUCUUUUUGUGAUCAAAUAGCAACAGAAGUUGAUUUGAUACUUCAUAUCGAAAGGAUCAUCUCUGCAAUAUUUCUGAAGAGGACAUUUGUGCCCAUGCCAGACUCCGCAAACAAAUUUAUAGACGCAAUAUAUCAGAUGUUGCCUAUAGAGAGCAUUCCAAAGGAGCAUGCAGAAGUGUUGCCGUAUUUAUGCGGUGAUCGUGACUUUAACCACUACCUCUUUCAUCUCAGCACUGAAACUGCUGAACCGGAUCCACAAAUCGUCUCUGUUUUGCUACAUUUGAUGUGUAUAACAACAUUGUAUGGAAAUUCGGGACACAUUUUCUAUGAAUGCAUUCAUACUCCUGGCCAGUUUACUCAUCACCCAGCGCAGAUUGGAAAGGAAAACAUGACACAGGAUAUCGGGGAAACAAGCUCUUACAGAGAAUGUCUUUGUAGAGUGAUUUAUGUUGCAUCUACAAGUAUAUGUCCAUUAUGUCAAAAGAAGCAAAACCCUACUGUAAAUAAAACAGUUACACGAGUGUUAAAUGACUACAGAAGACAGGCAGAUGCAUUGGCACCAUAUGUGAUAUACAGAUUACUGGUCAACGCAAGUCUGAUAUGCUCCCUUGCUUUACGCAAAUGCAACGGAUCCAUGAUUUCAGCAAUAGUCAUUUCAGAUGACGAUGAAUCCAGCGUGCCAAGUGCUCUUCACUCUCUUGUCAUGACAGACUGGGACAGAUUACGUAAUCAGCUGAACGUAAGUCAUGCAGAUUUAAGUUGUCUUUUAAAUCUAUUUCUUGGCACCAACAAGGAUGUUUUUCUGCAACUUCAUCUUCCAAGUGAUAGCAAUUUUGACAAAGAUUUGCAAUUGUUUACGAAAUGUUGUAACGAUUUUUUAAACAAACGGCAAGCAACGUUAAACGAAUACCGCAGAGAAUUCGCGUCGCGAAGGGGUCUCCAAGACAAGAUUGAGCAUGUACUUGAGACCGAUAACGGGUACACACUGUACGGAUUAAAGAGCAAUACAUCGGUAGAAAGCCUUGCCGCUGAACUUUCACUACUUUCCCCGUCCGAACACGCGUUUUUGCGUGUAGUAUUAAAUAACCGACAUCUUCUCUCACUUCCAAAAUACAUCACAGACAUUUUGAAAUGGCAAUUUGCAGUAGUGAAUAGCAUGAGUUACAAAGUAAGAAAACUUCAGUGUACAGAACAAACCGUCGCGAAAUUUCUCAGUAUGGUCGCUGAAGAUGACUCAAACGCAACAUUAAAACGAAAAUUUGGCAAUUUCAAAAAUGCAUGGAACAUACUAAAAGAACAUAGGCAUUUGCUGUUAGAAUUAUCGGAUUCACUGCCCGAAAUGGAAUUAAUGACGAUGAGUUCAAGUGCUGCAAGCUGUUUGAUUAUUGACAAAAACUCGGUAAUUUACCAAGUUUUGGAAAUACUUAUUUCCGUACAAAACAACAUUCUUAUUGAAGCAAUGAAUCUUUCACAUUCGAAGGACCAUCCUGACUUUACCAUCCUAUCAUGUGGUUCAGAUGCAGCUGCAGUACGGUGCGUGUCUCUUCUCAAUGUCACCCCGUCCGAUAUAAUAUCCUUCAGGUGGACCGAUGACUACUUGCGGUUUUCACAGUGUAAACCUAACACAGAAAAUGGUAGAAGUACGCUGUACGAUUUUCAUAAGAUAGAAAUGGAAGCUGUUCAUGAGCUUAUUUUCAGGAAGUCUUUUAUCACAAACAUAGAGGCCAUUCCUGUUAUUGUGUUCGCCGAUGAACUGUUCAAGAACAGCAUAACUUUGCUGCAUCGAAUCAAUGACAAAAUAAGCCCACAGGUGCCCCUUACAAUUGAACUCAAAAGAGGGAUUGAGUUAAAAAGCAAACGAAACACUUCUUAUACUAUUCAACUUCUUUCUCAGAUAGGAAUAGUACUAUCUCUACUGAACAAAACUGGAGGGAAAUCCGAGAUAUCCCUUGUCGACUAUCUUAUGAUAUGGAAGAAUUAUGUUGAUUUCAAAGAAAUAACGAACCUUCUACCGGAGCCAGAAAACUCCCUCAAACUUUGUCAUGUCGUUGCAUUGUAUGAGCACAUGGAAUUCAAAAGCGGAGACGAAAUCAGCGAUACACUUGAUGUAAAGCUACGUGUACAUUUGCCAAGUGAAGUCAGGCAACACUUCACAACAGUAGAGCAACAACAGUCGUCUCUGGAGAUAGUGGACAGAGCGCUGAAAUUAUUUGUACAUAGGAACUUUUCAGCACAUGACAUGAGUAUUGAAUUGCACCGACCUUUGAUCAAAUAUCUAAUGGACCCAAUAUAUUGGAGGUCUGACAUUGACGUUAGCAAUGGAGCCAUAGACGAGACUAGUAAGGAAGCAAUGGCUCUACGACAGGUGCUCUCACCAGAGUGUCUAGGGGAACAUUUAUAUGAAACGAUGGAGCUAGUCAAACAAGCAAUUGCAGACAAACAAGCAUGCGAGAUACGAAUAUCCUCAGCAGCUGCGGUGUUCAAAGAGAAGAUGGCAACUCGUACACAACCUGUGCGAAGACGGAAGAAAGUAACGUCGAAACUGAUUGGGAAGACGUAAGGUUCCAGUAAUGUUAAACAUUGAACUGCGCAAGUAGCUGGAUAAGGUCAUCGUCAAAUCUUCGAAAGGAACUCUUUAAUUGAUUGUAAACCUUUAUAUAGUUAGGGGUUAUUGCAUUGCUGUGCUUUCAUGCUUUGAUAUUGUGUUAACUGAAGAUAAGUAGGAUUGAUUUAUAUAGUAUAUACUGUGGUUACUGUGGUAUAUCAAUAUCGUAUUUUGGUCAAGCUCGACCAGGUGCAAAAAUAUCAAAGCGGUAGAAAAAGUGUGUUAAGAGAAAUCCUGAUAGUGUAUUCAGGUCAGAUUGUGCAUAGUACAUUGUACACACAAAAGUGUUUCUUGCAAGGUCAUAUAUUUUUAACGUACUAACACUCUAAAUGUAUUUUUCCAUUUUGAAACACAUGGCAUAUUGUAUGCCAUUGCCAUGGGUACGAGUGAAGAAGCUUUAUUUAAAGUCG